AUGAAUGACUGUAAUGCUUUGUACUUGGCAAUUCAGAAUGGAAAUACUGAAAUAGUGAGAUUAAUAUUAGAGAAGAAUCCUCUAGUUGAUCUUUGUGACACAUAUGGCUUGAGUCCACUGUGCGGGGCAACUUUGGAAGGGCAUACAGAUAUAGCAAAGUUACUGUUAGUGAAGAAUCCAAAUGUUGAUCUAUGUGACAUUGAUGGCCGAAGUCCUCUGAUUUUUGCAAGUCAAAAUGGAAAUACUGAAAUAAUCAGAUUACUUCUAGAGAAAGAUCCUAAUGUUGAUCUCUGUGAUAUUUAUGGCCGAAGUCCUCUGUGCAUGGCAACCUUGGAGGAGCAUACUGAUGUAGUAAAGUUAUUGUUAGAGAAAAAUGCAAAUGUGAAUCUUUGUGACAAUGAUGGCCGACAUCCUCUAAUAUUGGCAAGUCAGAAUGGGAAUACUGAUAUAGUGAGAUUACUCUUAGAGAAGGAUCCUAAUGUUGAUCUUUGUGACAACUAUGGCUGGAGUCCUCUGUACAGGGCAACGUUGGAAGGGCAUACUGAUGUAGUAAAGUUACUGUUAGAAAAGAAUCCUAAUGUUGAUCUAGGUGACAAUGAUGGCCGAAGUCCUCUGUCAUUGGCAAGUUAUAACGGACAUACUACUAUCGUGAGGUUACUGUUAGAGAGAAAUGCUAAUUUUGAUCUAUGUGACAAUGAUGGCCGAAGUCCUCUGUCAUUGGCAAGUUAUAACGGACAUACUACUAUCGUGAGGUUACUGUUAGAGAGAAAUGCUAAUGUUGAUCUGUUGGGCAACGAUGGUUGUGGUGCUUUGUACUUGGCAAGUCAGAAUGGGAAUACUGAUAUAGUAAGAUUACUUUUAGAGAAGGAUCCUAAUGUUGAUCUAUGUGGCAAUGGUUGCAUAAGUCCUCUUUUAUUGUCAAGUUAUAAAGGACAUACUGAUAUAGUGAGGUUACUGUUAAUGAAAAAUUCUAUUUUCGAUCUAUGUGACAGUGAUGGCUGUACUUCCCUGUACUUGGCUUGUCAGAAUGGACAUACUAAAAUAGUAAGGUUACUAUUAGAACACAAAUCUAAUGUUGAUAUAUGUGACAAUAAUGGCAGGAGUCCUUUGGACAUUGCAAGUUUGCGUGAACAUACUGAUAUAGUAAGAUUGCUGUUAGAGAUGAAUCAUAAUAUUGAUCUGAGUGACAAUAACGACUGAUGUCCUCGAGAUAACAUAGCUUCUGUUACAGAACAAUGAUGACUGUUACAUAUGUAUCCAUAGUAAAAAGUCAUUAGCAGACACAUAUACUACAUAUACUAAGCAUCAAUAGAAAACACGUCUGACGUAUAGACUUUAGUCCUGGUAUCUAUGAUGAGUUUAUUUACAACCACUGGGUCGAUGCCACUGCUGGUUGAGAUUUAUUUC